AUGGCGUGGGUAGUCUUGGUGUCGGGGGCGUCCCGCGGGUACGGACGUGCACUUGCGCUAGCAUUUGCGACAAAGAAAGCUUCCGCUGAAGAUGGAGAUCUGCAUUUGCACUUGUGGUCUCGCGACGCAUCUGGCAUGACCGCGACUGCUGCUGCCGUGACCUCAGCUUGGCAAAGCAACAACAACCAUCGUGUCCACGUGACACAGACAGUGGUGGACUUGAGCAACGAUGCUUCGUACCAACCUGCCGUCGACUCAUUCCUCCUCGCUGUGCAAGCAACUUCGUCCCUCGACCGCCUCGUCGUGGUCCACAAUGCUGGUUCCUUAGGACAAGUCGGUCGCAUUGCCGAAGUCGAGUCCCCGCAAGUCAUCCAAUGCCACAUGGAACUCAACGUCAACUCGGUCCUGUGGAUCAACAAGCGGCUCCUGCAAGUGUACGGCACCAAGGCUGCUGCGCCAUCUCCAGUCCCGCUGUACUUGGUCAAUGUGAGCUCUUUGAACGCCAUUGAGCCGUUCGCCACAUGCGGCUUGUACUGCGUUUUCAAAGCGGCACGUGAUAUGCAUUUCCGCGUACUUGCCAAGGAGGAAGAUGCGAGUCGUGUCAAGUGCCUCAACUAUGCGCCAGGUCCGAUGCAGACGAACAUGGGAAACGAGCUGCGGGACGGCCCGGCCACGGACCCCGCCCUCCAGCGCAUGUUCAAGAAGUUGCUAGCCGAUGGCACAUACGUCAGCUUGGACGUGUCGGCCCGACUGUGCGUCGAGCAUCUUUUUGGUCCGUCGCUCGUGUCAGGCUCCCACAUCGACUACUACGACAUUCACCAAGACUAA